CUCUCUCCCAAACCGGCUACCAGGCAGUUUGCUCGCAUUGUCAGGCUUCUUGACACUGAGCGCAGCUGAGGAAGAGGACGAAGAAGAGGCCAUGGAGCACAGCCACAUCUUUCCUGUUUUCUCCCCAAAUGGGAGCACCUGGAGCCCAGGGCAGCAUCCCUCUGAGGUUGCCCAGGGGUGCCCCCUCGGACCACUGCCUGUCAUCUACUACAGCAUUCUGCUCUGCCUCGGCCUGCCGGAGGCCAACAUCCUGACAGUGGUCAUCCUGUCCCAGCUGGUGCUGCGUCGUCAGAAGUCCUCCUACAACUAUCUCCUGGCACUGGCGGCUGCCGACAUCCUCGUCCUGCUCCUCAUUGUUUUUGUUGACUUCAUACUGGAGGAUUUUAUUUUGGCCACGCCGCUGCCGCCAUCAAUAAACAAUGCAGUGCAGGUUCUGGAGUUCUCCUCCAUCCACACCUCCAUCUGGAUCACUGUGCCUCUCACCAUUGACCGUUACAUUGCUGUUUGCCACCCGCUGCGCUACCACACAGUCUCCUAUCCAGCACGCACACGAAAGGUGAUAUUUGCCGUGUACAUUGGGUGUCUUCUCUCUGCAGCCCCGUAUUACUGGUGGCCUGAGCUGUGGCACAGCCUGCCCGGGGUGGGCAGCGGCGGCGGAGGAGAGGGCAACAGAAGAACUGUGGCUCAACAUGUCCUGGUGUGGGCCCAUUGUGCCACUGUCUACCUCCUCCCCUGCACCGUCUUCUUCUCCCUCAAUGCUGUAAUCGUGCGCAAGCUACGCAGACGCCGCAGCUGUUUCCGUCUGCGUGGCUACUCUACUGGCAAGACCACCGCCAUUCUCCUCGCCAUCACCUCCAUUUUCGCUGUCUUGUGGGCCCCGCGCACCCUCAUGAUCCUCUACCACUUUUACUCCCCUCCUCCAGCCUCACAAGGUGCUGGCCGACUGCUCCACAUGCUCACCGACUUGGCGAACAUGCUAGCAUUGCUCAACACCGGUGUCAACUUCUUUCUCUACUGUUUCAUCAGCAAGCGCUUCAGGGGCAUGGCGGCUAAUGUGCUGCGAGCGCUGGUCCACUGCCGGAAGCAGCCGCCACCGUUCUACGCCAGCCACAAUUUCUCUAUCACAAGCAGUCCCUGGAUCUCACCAGCCAACUCCCACUGCAUCAAGAUGUUGGUGUACCAGUAUGACAAAAACGGAAAGCCUAUCUGUAUUUCCUCUUGAGUCCUCAGCCACCAGCAGCUGCCCCCACCCUCAAUCGUUGGGGAACAUGUCGGGGCUUUGUCUCCUUGGCGACCAGCUUUGCCCGCAUGGGACUCUCUGAGGCUUGAAAAUGUCAACACGCCCGGUGGGAACAGAGGUGACAGUUUAGCUAGCUUUGAGCGAUAACACAGUGGUAGGGUUAGCAAGGUGGAAAAGCAAACAACAGAUGCGUGCUUGGCAGAAAAUGGCAAGGCCGCUCAUGUUCAAUAAAGUAAUCACAAAGCAGCGACCAGCAUCAAAUAGAUGUUGAUUGUUUCCACCAUGCAAAAAAAAAAUUGGUACUGUAAGUGACUGCUGCUUGAGUGAGCGACUCCAGACUGUUUUAUUGCCUGAAAUCACAGACUGAUAAAGACAUAUCACCACCAUCUAUCACUGACGUUUAUGAGCCACCAUUUGUAACAGUGCUAACGUCUAAAGUGACAACUAGAUGUAUCCUCGUUGAAGCAUCAAAUGCCUGGUGAUAUUGGUUCAUUAAUGGACGCUCUCUGUUGUGCAUUGCUGCCAACAGUGAGGAACUUUGAACAGCUGCGCCUUUGUCCACUGGGAGUCAUUUCCAGAAAGAUCCAGUCAGAGUCUGGGCACGAAACAUCUCACCUCGAGGGGUGAUUCACUCAGGCAGAGCCACUGAUGGUGUGUCCACUGCCCACAGUACUGACUGUCUCUCAAGCAAUGUAAAACAACGCUGUCGUUUCCAGUUUAAUAUGCAGAGGAGUCUCAAAGGCAUGCUAAUUUGGGCUUUUAUUAAAAAAAAUGAACAGCCCUCACUGACUUUCCUUGUGUGUGUGCUGAGUUCAUCCUAGCAGUGCAGGUCACUUACGAGUCGGCACAUGCUAUGGAAGAGCAAGUUAUCCCACAUCCAAGCUCACAGAUUGUUGUAGGAUGAGUAGGCACUCUGCUUAUUGUUGGUUAAAUAUGUAUUAAUGGUAGACUUGACUGUUAUUAUAGCUUCAUACAAAUAUGAGACAAAAAAUAUGACUUGGGGUUGGUGGGCUCCAAGGUGUCAUUAAUCUAGUAAUCACAUUUCCAAUAUUAGGAAGAGGAAAUUUCUGCUAUUAGUAGAUAGUCCUCUAUUAACUAUUAAUGGACCCUGAUGAUUUACUGUUAGCCAUUAUCUGGAUGAAUAUAAUGAAUGUAAUCCUUUUGCUGUCUGAGACUGAGAAAGAGAGAGAGACAGACAGAGAGAGAGGACAGAAUAUCUGCUUU